AUGGAGCAGCCGCCAUCUAAUCCCUCUUCUGCAGCAGUUCACGACCGGAUAUCUCUCGAAGCGAUGCCCACGCGGGCGUAUUUGGAUGAGACGGUCGUCCCUAUCGUAAUGCAGGGCCUCGCCGCUCUAGUGCAGGAGAGGCCCGAAAAUCCUGUCCAAUUCCUGGGAGAGUUUCUUCUCCUGCACAGUCAAAAGAAGUAA